UGAAACGAACGCAGCAUUUCAGGGACUGGAUGAGGAGCUUACGUUUUUUUACAGAAUCAUCAGUAUCUUGGAAGAAAAAGAAUGUUAAGAAAUAACAAAACAAUAAUUAUUAAGUACUUUCUUAAUCUCAUUAAUGGAGCUUUCUUGGUUCUUGGACUUUUAUUCAUGGGAUUUGGUGCGUGGCUCUUAUUAGAUAGAAAUAAUUUUUUAACAGCUUUUGAUGAAAAUAAUCACUUCAUAGUAUCUAUUUCUCAAAUUUUGAUUGGAAUGGGAUCGUCUACUGUUCUUUUUUGUCUAUUAGGUUAUAUAGGAAUUCACAACGAAAUCAGAUGGCUCCUAAUUGUGUAUGCAGUAUUGAUAACAUGGGCCUUUGCUGUUCAGGUUGUACUUUCAGCAUUCAUCGUCACAAAGAAAGAGGAGGUUCAGCAACUAUGGCAUGACGAAAUUGAUUUUGUCAUUUCUGAGUAUGGAUCUAAAGAUAAGCCUGAAGAUAUAACCAAGUGGACUAUUCUGAAUGCCUUACAGAAAACAUUACAGUGUUGUGGCCAACAUAAUUACACAGACUGGAUAAAGAAUAAGAACAAAGAAAAUUCAGAACAGGUGCCAUGUUCUUGCACAAAGUCAACUUUAAGAAAGUGGUUUUGUAAUGAGCCACUGAAUGCAACUUACCUCGAGGGUUGUGAAAAUAAAAUCAGUGCAUGGUAUAAUGUUAAUGUGUUAACCUUAAUUGGAAUUAACUUUGGACUUUUAACUUCAGAGGUUUUCCAAGUCUCAUUAACAGUUUGUUUCUUCAAACACAUCAAGAAUAUAAUCCAUGCAGAAAUGUGACCUUUGGAUUUCAAUGUGUUCAGAAGAAACCAGUUAAUUCUUAAAAAAUCACAUUAUAUUACUUUAUUCCAAAAACGUUUUGAAUUAUAUUAAAUAACAGAUCUAUUCAAAUUAUUGAUUAUAUGUAAUAUUGAAUUACUGAAUACUAAAAUAAAACAUUCAUGAAAUUUU